UGAAUUCAUCCGUGAAAUCCAGUGACGGAACGCGAUAACAAGUGCGUAUGCGCGUAGAACUCCACCCGGAAGUGGUGUGUCCAAAGUCGAGAUUUUCCUGACGAUGGAAUGAAAGUAUAAGGUUUUCUGUAUGGCUGGGGGUGAAUGGAGCAUUUUAGCCGCUUUCUCGUGGCGCUUUUCUUGUCAAGUGUCGUGACUAGGGGCGAAUCGUCGAGACCGAAAAACGAGAGCAAGUUGGCGUUUCUGGCUAUCGGCGACUUUGGCGGGAAGGCAUGGCCACCGUACUAUACUGGCACUUUAAAGAACGUUGCCAAAACCAUGGGGAAGGUUGCGCGUACAAAAAGUGCGCGUUUCGUUCUCGGUCUCGGCGACAAUUUCUACUGGAAUGGCGUCAAGAAUGUUAACGACUUCCGCUUCCAAAGCACAUUCGAGAACGUCUUUAAUGCGCCUGCGCUGCACAAGACCACGUGGCACAUGAUAGCCGGUAACCAUGACUACCUUGGGAAUGUCUUGGCUCAAAUCGCGUACACCAAGGUCUCAAGGCGAUGGAACUUUCCAAACUAUUACUACACGAAAGUGGAGAGGAUCCCUGGCACGUGCGUCACUGUGCAAGUCGUGAUGAUUGACACCACCUUGCUCUGCUACAAAAGAACAUCUGAGAGAAUCGCACAUUACAAAUGGUUAGAGGAAACGCUAAAAAACUCAUCUGCGGAUUACCUGGUGGUUGCUGGCCACCACCCAGUGUACUCCGCGGGCGUGCACGGCUCAACUUAUUGCCUGCAACAGAAGCUCAGGCCGCUACUCUGGGCCUAUGACGUCACUGCCUAUCUCAGUGGUCAUGACCACAACCUUCAGCACAUUAAAGAAAAAAACUACGACGUCCACUACUUUGUUAGCGGCAGUGCAUCAAAUCAUAACGCGUUACAACUACACAAGGGGUGUCUCCCCUGUGACUCGCUCAGAUAUUUUAACGGUAGAAUUGGCGCCUUCGCUCUCUUGGAAGCCACGCCCAAGUCUCUCAAAGUCACUUUCAUUAGCGAGAGGGGUCGCGUCCUUUAUUCGGCAGACAUAUCACCAAGGCGACGCGAGUGCUCCGCUAGCAGUCCCCGGGACAUGAUAGAGAGCUUCGAGGAUAACAUUCUUGAUGCAUUCUUCAGUCUGCAAUAUGAGCAGGAAUUGAAAAAGCAGAAGGCGAGAGAGAAAAGCCAGAGUGAGCUGGGCGAUAAGUUAACGUAAUCGUUAUGCCCCGUGUAAAAGCACUGGCGUCGUAGCAUCGUAUCACGCGUGGCAUCGUAUUACUCAAUGGCUGUCGUUUUUCUGAAUGGUCUAAAAGGCCUUGGGGCGAGCGCACGGGCAACCUGUGAUUCUCAAUACCGUUAGGGUCUGGGUCUAAGUUUCAAGACGACGACCUGCAAAUUUUAGUAAACACGAAUUUCUGCAAGUCUAUGUGACCGAAGGAGCUAGAAAAACGACAUGCAUAUCAACAAGAUUGGUUGAUGUGCAUCCAAAACCGCAAUAAUCCUGUUUGGAAUUCCAGAUUAUUUGCUGGACAGAUAAAUAUAUUGCAAGCCUCGAUUGUAGGGACCGGGUUUGCUGUGGUUGUCCAUGAGGCAAAGGGGCUGGGGAGAGCCAGACUAGAAUCACACACAAUAACCACAGGAAACCUGAAACACAACACACACACACAAAAAAAAACGAAAAGCGGAAACAAAAUUGUGGAUGUCAGAUCAUGCAACCUUGUAUGUUUAAAACAUGCGAGAUGAACAACGGGAAUCUUAUUAGCAUUCAUGACGCAAGGCUAUUUAGGCCAUCAAAGAAUGCUCCUGCACAGUAAGAUGGUGCGCGAGAGACAAUAAAUAAAUGUAUAUAAUAAAAGUUUAUAUUUUUCUACCCUGGAGUAAGAUUUAACAAGUUGUUUCUCCGUGUGAAUAGAUAAAUAAAUAUAUUUUGGUUACAA